UCUUGCAGCUACUUUUUUCCUCAAUGGUUUUAAAAUGUGGGAGACAUGCAGAAUUAAAGAUAUAACUCUAACUCUAACAGUCUAUGCAUGCACAUGCAUUUACUUUCAUUAAUCCAACCACAGCCACUUUGGCUGCAACAUCAGCCUCGUAUCUGUGUCACUGAGCCUCAGGUUUUACUCUGCAGGCCUUUGGUGUCGUUUGACGGUAUGACAUUACAUUACCAUCGUAUUACUAUUUACAUGACCCUGCAGAGCCUGCAGAGCUCUGACUGAAGCAGCUCUUGCAGUGUUAGUUAUUUCUUUAAAAGAAUUACAAGCUUGGUUGUCGUGCUCGCCUCCUCACUCGGUUGCCACAACUGCAGCUGCUGCUUUGCAUCGGUGAGGAAUUUUUUACUACACCCCUCCUCCGGCUGGCUGUGCUCUCCUCCUGGAGGCAUUUUGAACCCUCCGAUUAUUAUUAAAGUGAUCGAGGACGGACAUGGCGGACACAUUGAGGAGGCUGACCAAUACAUCUUCCUUCAGCGUCUUACAGGAUAAGCUGGAGAGCUGGCACAAAGACUAUCAUGUGAUUUCCUGUGACCAGAAUCUGAAUAGAUGUUGCGAGCUGAUUGAACUCACCGCCAAGAUUCAGGGCCAACUUUUUGCCAUUCUCAACCUUGCAGCUGCUGAAGGUGGACAUUACGCUGGAGUGGACACUCUGAAAACACGCCUGCUGCCAUGGCUUGGGACCUGUUAUUUCAUGACAAGGCCUUCAGUCUCGGAUGACACCAGCCUGCAGCUCAUCCAGGAUUCGGUGGAGAAGGACAGGAGGAUCCGUGAGCUCUCCGUCUCUCAUGACAGUGACAGACACAAGUUUGAGACUCAGCUGUGCUCCACACGACUGCAGCUGGACUCUGUCAGAUCAGAGUUGGUCGAAGUGCAGAAUGAACUGGACGACACAAAGAGCAAAUCAGCGACCACUCUGUUGGCCACUGAGGAUGAGAUACUCCAGCUGAAGGCAGAUCUGCGGUCAGCUCACGAGCAGCUGGACAUCUAUAAGAGGAAGAUGGAGGGUCUGGAUGACUACGAGCGUCGGAUUCGCCUGCUGAGAGAGGAAGUGUCCUACCUGAGCACAGAGAAGGCCAUGCUGCAGGACAGGUUGGUGAGGAGUCGUUCUCCGAGCCCCCUGCCUCUGCUCAGUCGGUCCUCCAGCCCGGUGAGGAGCGAGUCGCCCACCAGAGCUCAGCUCACUAACUCGUCUCGCCACGCUCGGCUCGUGUCUCGCCUCAGUGACCUGUACGCCGUGGAGCGACUGGAGGCGCAGAGUCUGCUGAGACGAUACAUCUCUGACGUAGAGAUGGUCCAGAAAAUCAUCUUCAUUGCUGUCGUGGAAUCCUUUAAUGCAGCUAAACUGGCGUACCGUCAGUUCAAGCUGCGUGUGAGGAAGACGUUGUCCCCGUCUCACUUUGGUCCGGAGAGUCUUGAGGACGCAGCUGUGGACUACAUCGUCAGGAACAUGGACUUGUAUGACGUCCAGACCACAGUCAACGAUGUGAUCAACGUCAUGAAUGUGAACCCGCGGAUCUCUUUCCCGCCUGAGGUGGACUUCGCCCUCAUCAGCACUCUGAUCAGGGAGGCGUGCAGGGUCGCCUUCGCCAUGCAGACACUAGAGCCGCCGCUCGAUCUGGCUUUCGCAAGUGAUGGAGAACUUUACAACGAAAACAAGUAUCGUCGCAGCUAUGACUCAGAGUUCUCCGCUCCUCUAGUGAUGUACCACGUGUGGCCAGCUCUGAUGGAGGGAGAUGUUGUGCUGGUGAAGGGCGAGGCCGUGACCCGAAGAGGGGCUCUGUGGAGCAGAAGCAGAAGCAGGAGUGUCAGCCCCGUGAGGUCUCGCUCUCUCAGCCCAAGUCGCAGUCUCGCAUUUAACAGCAAAAGAAGUCUGUCUCCACACCGUCUAAGAGCCAGCCUCCUCUGAUCUCAGUCACCACAAGAGGAAACUCACGCUGUACCUCAUGUCAGUGAAAUAAAGUUAGAGGAUUUUACAGUUUA